AUGGCAAUGGCCGUCGACAAUCGUCAACAGUCCCAGCUCAACGGUCUGGGCUACGAACACAUGCGCUAUCCAGCACCAGCACCACACUUCACCAACCCAUGGGUAUCCGCCGCACCCCCGCAACAGCAAAUGUACUCGACCUCAGUCUCGCCCGCCGUCUCUGCUGGACUCGAGCAAAGGCCUACGAGCAUUGCCAUUCCCUACCAUGGCAUACCCAUCACAGCCCCUCCCAUGGGACAAGGUAUUAUUCUCCCGGAUGGCAACUUCGCGACCACAAACUUACUCGAUGCUUCUCAAGAUCUCCUGUCGCGAAGUUAUGGUUAUGCCUCGUCCGCGUCUCCCAACAACCAAACGUAUGCCCCCACAUCGGCUCCCUACACUCAGGUGGAAUAUGGCACGGCAGAGAGCAGCCAAUACGCAUACCAGCAGGAUGCCUCUCGCCGGUCUUCACAUUCGUCAGUCCCCUCCUUUGCAUUCUGUGAAUCCACGGAUUCACAGAGGCAACGCCAAAGUGCACUAGUUGACUUUUGCAGAAUGAACGCACAGCCACCCCGCACCAGUUUUAGCGACGCCCUGGAUGCCAGUCGCGGCAUGGUCUCCCUCAGCCAAUCUGACAUCACCCCAAGAAACAUCUACGGCUCCCACGGCACCAGCCGCAGCUCGACCGAUUCGUAUGGCUUCCCGUCGACACAUUCCGCACACUCGUCGAUAUCCUCGGCCAGCUAUGGUGCGAAUGGCUACUACGCUGGAGACGGCUCCGUGACCGACUACAGCUCCGCCUCCGAGUCCGUCGACUUGGCCAGCUCGCGAACCCUUCCCCGCCCAAACGCAUUGCUGGGCGCAAGCAUGCCUCCGGCCCCGCAAUCCAUGAUGGGCCAGUUCAGCUCCAAGGUUUCGUCGAGCUCGCAGAAGAAGCACAAGUGCAAGAUUUGCGACAAGAGGUUCACCCGCCCAAGUUCGUUGCAAACGCACAUGUACAGCCACACUGGAGAGAAGCCAUUUGCGUGCGAAGUGGAUGGCUGUGGACGUCAUUUCUCUGUUGUCUCCAACCUAAGGAGACACCGAAAAGUGCACAAGAACGAUGGCGGCAUGGACCAUCCUUCGCCCGAGGAGGCUUGA